GCCUAUUUGAAGGAACACAUGAGAAUGCACUUGAAGGACAAGCGAUACGCUUGUCCACACUGCGAUCGAUCUUUCUCGCAAAGCACCAACCUAAUAUACCACAUUCGCACCCACACGGGCGAAAAACCAUUCCAAUGUGGCCAGUGCGAGAAAAGAUUCAUCUGCAAAUCGCACUUGCUGUCGCAUGAGCGCUCUCAUCUUAACGAGCUGCCGUUCGUCUGUGAGUUUUGUUCCAAACGAUUUAACCAAGCCUGUAACUUGACCAAACAUCUGCGGGUACAUAGUGGUGAAAAACCGUACAAGUGUGGCAUCUGCGGGAAAGCUUUUAUGAAUCUGUCUAAUAUGAAGGUCCAUGAGCAACGGCAUCGUGGAGAGCGGAAUUUCACGUGUGAAAUUUGCUCCAAAUCAUUUACAGUCAAUCAACAUCUCGCGAGGCAUAUGCAAGUCCAUAGGAAGGAUGAUGGCCAGUACAAAUGUGAAAAGUGUAACAAAAUCUGUAGCACCGGAGCAGGACUCCGGGCACAUUACAGUUUGCACGAACGAACGACGGAAUAUGCUUGCCCGUUUUCGAGACCCCAGACUGCUAGAGCAGCACAAGCAACGAGUACACACGUAGUAGCGAAACCUCGGGAGAAGGCUCGGAAAAUUGAAAUGGAUCCUGAGACGGCUAUCAAACAGUUGGAAGGUCCCCUGGAAAAGCCCUACAACUGUAAUGUAUGUGGUAAAGAGUUCAGAACGAAGUAUAAUCUGCAAACACAUCUGAGGAUCCACAUGGGAGAAACGGCGAAACUAUUUCAGUGCGAAAAGUGUCCAAGAUCGUUCAACCAGUUAACCCAUCUGAAAACUCAUGAACGGACCCACACUGGACAGAAACCGUUUGGUUGCACCGAAUGUUCGGAAAAGUUUAGUCGAAGCUAUCUCUUACGGAAUCACCAAUCGAUGGUUCAUGGGAAGGUUGCCAGUUUCGAUAGCCACGAGCAAGUUGAAGAGGAUGAGUUCACUGAAGUCGAGGUGGAAGAUGAUAAUGGUGCGAUAAAAGCUGACCAGAAACCGAUGUCCCAAGAAACGCUUGUUUUUGACGGCAGUGGACAAAUCAUUGUUAAGGUUGAGAUUCGAGAAACAAUGAAUUUCAAAUCGAUUCCAGAAUGCCCUUUCGUGGAACGGAAAGUUGUUUGCCGGAUUUGCGACGGAACAUCGGGCGCUAUGGAAUCAAUUUUUUGUAAAGAAUCGAACCAGAAGCUGCUGGAUAAAAUUUUCAAAUGUACUCAGGUUAAGGUUGAACCGAUUUGCGGCAUUAUUUCUCCGGUGUGUGAAUUUUGUCAUUUUCGGAUUGAGAAAUUUGACGAUUCAUUCAAACCGAGCUGUAAAGAAUACGUUGUGGAGAAAUUUGUUAAGCACCAGGAUCCCGAAGAUGAUCCAUUCAAUAGCUUAGAUCCACUUACAAAUGGACACGAAAUACCGGUCGAUGAUAUUAAACCGGAGUUGAGUAGGUCUGUGGAAUUGGCUUUGGUGAAUGAUGAUAUUAUUAAGGCAGAAAGUAUUGAACAAAAGCCUGUUGAAGAUUUAGCAGUUUUUCAAAAUAAUCAAGAAAACGAGGAUUAUUCAGACCAAGAACCUGAAAAUGAUUCACCAGUUUUAGAGUUCGGAGUUAAAGAUGAACAGGAUUCGGUUGAAUCAGAAAUAGGAAAUCGAACUCCAGAAGUCUUGAAUUCCGAGAAAGUUAUCUCAAAAGACCACCCGGCUAGACCGAUUUUCUCGGGAUCAAAAAUUCCGACCGAAUGUGCGAUUUGCGGAAAACGGGUAGCCUAUUUGAAGGAACACAUGAGAAUGCACUUGAAGGACAAGCGAUACGCUUGUCCACACUGCGAUCGAUCUUUCUCGCAAAGCACCAACCUAAUAUACCACAUUCGCACCCACACGGGCGAAAAACCAUUCCAAUGUGGCCAGUGCGAGAAAAGAUUCAUCUGCAAAUCGCACUUGCUGUCGCAUGAGCGCUCUCAUCUUAACGAGCUGCCGUUCGUCUGUGAGUUUUGUUCCAAACGAUUUAACCAAGCCUGUAACUUGACCAAACAUCUGCGGGUACAUAGCGGUGAAAAACCGUACAAGUGUGGCAUCUGCGGGAAAGCUUUUAUGAAUCUGUCUAAUAUGAAGGUCCAUGAGCAACGGCAUCGUGGAGAGCGGAAUUUCACGUGUGAAAUUUGCUCCAAAUCAUUUACAGUCAAUCAACAUCUCGCGAGGCAUAUGCAAGUCCAUAGGAAGGAUGAUGGCCAGUACAAAUGUGAAAAGUGUAACAAAAUCUGUAGCACCGGAGCAGGACUCCGGGCACAUUACAGUUUGCACGAACGAACGACGGAAUAUGCUUGCCGUAUUUGCAAAAUGAGUUUCGAAACUAGUGAGCAAUUUGAAGAGCAUAAUAAUGAUAAAACUGCCAGUUGCCAGUUGCUCAAGCCUUACAAAUGUGUCGCCUGUCCAAAGCGUUUUCGAGACCCCAGACUGCUAGAGCAGCACAAGCAACGAGUACACGUAGUAGCGAAACCUCGGGAGAAGGCUCGGAAAAUUGAAAUGGAUCCUGAGACGGCUAUCAAACAGUUGGAAGGUCCCCUGGAAAAGCCCUACAACUGUAAUGUAUGUGGUAAAGAGUUCAGAACGAAGUAUAAUCUGCAAACACAUCUGAGGAUCCACAUGGGAGAAACGGCGAAACUAUUUCAGUGCGAAAAGUGUCCAAGAUCGUUCAACCAGUUAACCCAUCUGAAAACUCAUGAACGGACCCACACUGGACAGAAACCGUUUGGUUGCACCGAAUGUUCGGAAAAGUUUAGUCGAAGCUAUCUCUUACGGAAUCACCAAUCGAUGGUUCAUGGGAAGGUUGCCAGUUUCGAUAGCCACGAGCAAGUUGAAGAGGAUGAGUUCACUGAAGUCGAGGUGGAAGAUGAUAAUGGUGCGAUAAAAGCUGACCAGAAACCGAUGUCCCAAGAAACGCUUGUUUUUGACGGCAGUGGACAAAUCAUUGUUAAGGUUGAGAUUCGAGAAACGUAGUAUUGUAGUCGUAAUUUAAUU